UAUUAUUUUCUAACCUCUAUUUUCUAAUAACUAAUUAUGUUUCAGUCUUUAUGUAACUUAUACAAUUUUUUCUUUUAUUUUAUUCAGUAUGUGGCUUUUAGAAAUUACACGGAUGUAUAUAAACGGCUAUCGCUCCAGCUACGGCUCAGUUGUACGAGGCGUUGUCAGUAGUAUGACAUUCGGUGACCCUGUUGAUAGUGGACAUGGAAUACCUUGUGGCCGUUAUGAUUGUUGUGUGCGUGCACACAGGCACAACUAUAAGCGUACAUGAUUAUAUUGAAGAGCGAGACAAAAUUAUAGAAGAGGAAAUUCAACUGCAGCUUGGCGGGAAACUUAAAUUGAAUGGUGACGAAAAUUUAGCAAAUCAAAUACUAAUGAGAUACAAACGACAAGAGGUGGAUGAUUCUUUUCAAAAUCCAGAGUACUUUAAUUUUUCGCGGCACUACUUUGAUUAUCACGACGACAUUCCGAGAUCUAAAGUGUAUCAAAUAAUAAGGAUGAUGCCGAAAGGUGCGGCGCUGCAUGUCCAUAGUUCUCUAAUGCUAAGUGCCGACCGUCUGCUAAAGCUGACUUACGAGGAACAUUUGUACGCCUGUUUUGCAAGCGACGGAUUAAAACUACGCUUCUCUCAGGCGGUCCCCCCUCGACCUUGUCCAUCAAAAUGGAAAUCACUCAGCAAAUUAAGAAAUCACACAAAGAAUGUAGAUGCUUUCGAUGAGAAACUAAAAAGACACUUUACAUUAUUCUCUAAAAAUAAGAAGCAUCUGAAAAAGGACAUAAAUCAUACUUGGGCGAGAUUUAAUAAAAUAUGCCGAACGAUAUCUGAUCUAAUUACAUACAGGCCUGUCAGGGAGAAGGUCUUUUAUGAAGGUCUCAAAGAGUUUUACAAGGACAACAUCAUGUACAUUGAAAUUAGAAGCGGAUUGCCGAAUUUGUACGAACUCAAUGGUACAGUUCACGACCUGAUGUUUAUGCCUCGUUUGUAUGACAGAGUGACUAAGAAAAUCAAGCAGGAGCACCCCGACUUCGUUGGAGUGAAGUUAAUAGUCACGAAACGUCGCUAUAAUAACAUAACAGAUAUUCAGAAAGUCUUGGAUGUAGCUCGAGGGAUAAAGAGAGAGCUUCCCGACUUUUUUGCUGGCUUCGAUUUGGUCGGUCAGGAAGAUUUGGGAAAAACACUGCUCGAUUUUCUUCCGGUUUUAAAGAGCGCUGAUGGCGAUCUCAAUUAUUAUUUUCAUGGUGGUGAAACUAAUUGGUUCGGAACAAGUACGGACGAGAAUUUAUUCGAUGCUAUUCUUUUGGGAACGAAAAGGAUAGGUCAUGGUUACGCUUUGCUGAAGCAUCCGAAACUGAUGGCCGUAGUGAGAGCAAAAAAUAUAGCGAUCGAAGUGAAUGUUAUAUCAAACAAUGUGCUUUCCUUGAUAACCGAUGUAAGGAACCAUCCGUUGGCAGCGUAUUUGGCGUACGGCAUGCCAGUGGUGUUAUCCAGCGAUGAUCCCGGCGCGUGGGGAGCAGAUCCCUUAUCUCACGACUUCUACAUCGCAUUCGUUGGUAUUGCAAGUAAAAGAGCCGACUUACGUCUUUUGAAACAAUUGAUUAUAAAUUCUAUAAAUUACAGCGCUUUAGAUUAUGACAGCAAGACAAAAAUGUAUAGCACCUGGACAGAAAUGUGGGAUAUAUUUAUACAGAAAGUCAUACAGGAUUUUAGAUAAGAAGUAAAAAUUAAAUAGACAUAAGUCAUAUUGUACAUCAAAACAAUUUGUUUAUAAUAUUUUAUGUUGUUAUCUUAGUUGUAAAUACUUUAAGAUAUUUUUGUUAUUCAGAAAAGUCUAUUAUAGUAUUAGCUACAGUAAUUAAUGUGUAAAUGGAUUUCAUACUCAGUUAUUUUUACCAUAAGUAAAACUCUAUCUUGAAAAUUGUGAAUUGGUAUUAAGCAUUAACUUUUAAUAAACGGCUAUUAAAAACAGCUUUAUUAGAAUAAUUAUUUGAUUACUCUAUUAACAUAGAAACUUUUGCGAAGGAUCUUAGACUAUAAGAAAUAACAAAUGUUUUUUUACAUAAGAGAUUAUGGGAUAAAGUCUGUCCAUUCAACAUUGCCUUAUAAAAAAAUGAAUAAAAUUCUGUAUCAGUAAAAUAAAGAUAGACAAACAAAUUGGUAUUAGCCUAUAACCUAAUAACCUUAAAUAAACAUUUUUACUAAUGGCAACUUUUAGGAAUGUUUUUUUUUUAUCAACGACCAGAUUUUUCAAUCGCCGUAUCUAAACUAAAAUGCGGAAAAUAUGUUUAGUCUUGCUAAUUAAAUUACAUUUAAAUAUAUUUGCAAUGUAUAAUUCAUUACAAGAAACACUAUUUACAUUAAUGGAACAAAAAUGUUACGUUUUUAUUAUCUUUUGUUUUGUUACGAAAUUAUUCUUUUUUUUUAUUUAUAUGAAUCUGUCAGAAAUUAUUUACAGAAUAAAAAAACCAAUGCUAGCAUUUGACAGAUCUUUGUUGAAGUAAUCGUUCUAACGGCUUUAAUAAUUUAAAUAUGUAAUCAUCUUUGUUAUAAUUAAAUUUGUUUACAUUAUUUAAUAUUUGUAAAUAAUGUUUAUAAAAAUCAGACAAAAAAAAACAACGCUUUAUGCAACAGACACACGAACUUAAAAACUUCUUUGUAUAUUUAUAUUUCAUUAUUAAUUAAAUGAUCUGUAUGUUCAUGUUAAAAAAGUAAUUUUUCAAUUUUUAAUAUGUAACUUGUAGUUCACAAGCUAAAUGUGUAUUUUCUCAUACUUCUAUUCAACUAAGAGAAGUACUUUCAGGUUAUUUUGUCGAAUUACACUCUGCUAUAGCAGUAAAAAUCAUAUACAAACAAAGGAAAAGAUGCAUAGUAAUUUGUCAUUAUAGACCAGCAGCUAACAAUCAUUAUUAAAAUGUUAUGUACGUCAAACUAACAGAUAGUUAUUCCAUGUUUUUUUUAGUUACUAAUUCUUGUCACUUGACCUUGAGACUAUGUUCUUAUAUGGUAGUACAAAUAUAUACAUGGUUAUUGCUGUACAAUAUUA